AUGGUUUUCCCUGCCAAACGGUUCUGCUUGGUGCCAUCCAUGGAGGGCGUGCGCUGGGCCUUUUCCUGCGGCACUUGGCUGCCUAGUCGAGCCGAAUGGCUGCUGGCAGUGCGAUCGAUUCAGCCCGAGGAGAAGGAGCGCAUUGGCCAGUUCGUCUUUGCCCGGGACGCUAAGGCAGCCAUGGCUGGUCGUCUGAUGAUAAGGAAAUUGGUUGCAGAGAAAUUGAAUAUCCCUUGGAAUCACAUUCGUUUGCAAAGAACUGCAAAAGGAAAGCCAGUUCUUGCAAAGGACUCAUCGAAUCCUUACCCGAAUUUCAACUUUAACAUCUCUCAUCAAGGGGACUAUGCGGUGCUUGCUGCUGAGCCUGAGCUGCAAGUUGGGAUUGAUAUAAUGAAGACUAGUUUUCCAGGUCGUGGUUCAAUUCCAGAAUUCUUUCAUAUUAUGAAACGAAAGUUUACCAACAAAGAAUGGGAAACAAUCAGAAGCUUUAAGGAUGAAUGGACUCAGCUGGAUAUGUUUUAUAGGAAUUGGGCACUUAAAGAAAGCUUCAUAAAAGCCAUUGGUGUUGGACUAGGAUUUGAAUUGCAGCGGCUUGAAUUUGAUCUAUCUCCAUUAAACUUGGAUAUAGGCCAAGUUUAUAAAGAAACACGUUUGUUCCUGGAUGGAGAGGAAGAAAAAGAAUGGGCAUUUGAGGAAAGCAAAAUAGAUGAGCACCAUUUUGUUGCAGUAGCUCUUAGGAAACCCGAUGGAUCUAGACAUCAGGAUGUUCCAUCUCAGGAUGAUUCCAAACCAACCCAGAGGCAAUUUACUAUUCUCAACUUUAAUGAUUUAAUAUCAUCUGCUGUUCCCAUGACACCCGAAGAUCCUUCAUUUUGGGACUGUUUUUGCUUCACAGAAGAAAUUCCAAUACGAAAUGGUACAAAGUCAUGAUGAUUCCCUGAGGAACAAAGGGAAAUGAAAACUGUUUGUAAUCUUCCGUAUUUGCUGAAAAAUGAAUGCUUGUUUAGUAUCAAAUUUUACUUCACAAAAGUUUUUUUUAAAGAACAGAAACUUUUCCAAUUAAAAAAAAAAAGUAGACUUCCAGUUCAAGAUAGCUCACUGAAAUACAUGUUUACCUCUUUAUCUCCUAAAUUGCAUUGAAUUGAUAGGAAGGAUGGUGGAAUCUUAAAGUGAUACAUGCUAACUGUAGAAAGAUAGAAAACGCACAUAAGCAAAAGGAAACAUUGAAAUGCUAUCAUUCAAAGAUAACUACUCUUAAAACCUUGAGUAUCUUUUCAGACCUUUUUCUUGGCAAAUGAAUCCAUAUUAACAUAUUUGAUUUUUAAAAACAUGGGAACAUACUGUUUUGUAAAUUUUUUUUAACUGCGCAUCUACUGUUCAUAAAUAUACAUCUAACAUAACUUUUUGUGGUUCUAACAUACUCUGUUGUAUAGCUAAUACAAGUUAGGAUGCUUUUGGCCAGAGGUAACAGUGUCCAAAUGUAAUUGGCCUAAGUAACCUAGGACAUUGUUUAACAUAACACAGGGUUCAGUGGUGUCAUUAAAGACACACUUUUUUUUGCCUUGACCUCAGUUGGUUUGUUUUGCCUUAGGCUAAUCCACCUCUCAAUCACAAGAGCUGCUGCUAUUACUUCACUUUUACAUCUUCGUAAAAUUGUAUCUCAAAGGCAGAAAAGGCCAUUCUCUCAUUUGUUUUAUCCAUGAAGAAGACUUUUAACAAAAACCUCCGGAAGAUUUCCCCUCAGUUUCCAUUGACUUAGAUCAGAUUACAGAGAAAGGCAAUGUCUGACAUUUUUAGUCUGUUAGAAGUGGACUCUGUUGAAAAGAAAAGCUAAGCUAGGUGUGGAGAAUGGAAUUGGAAGCCCACUGCCUUCCCAUAAGAAAAGUUUGCCAUAAUUUACUCAUUUUUUUCUGUUAGACAUUUUGAUUAUCUGCAGCUUAUUACUACAAGCAGUGGCAGAGUGAAUGUCCUUGUACAUUUUGAGGUACAUGCUUAAUUAUGUUCUUGAGACAGUUUCUAAAAGUGGAAUGAUUGAUUUGACUGGUUCACAGGGCUUUAAUUGUACAAUUUCUCUCUCUAAUUAGUACUAUAUGUGUGUGACCUCCCUCCCCUGCCAGAAUACUCCUUGGUCAAUUGUAGGUAUUCUUUUUUAUUUAAUUGUUGCCAAUAUAAAAAGUGGUAUGUCACUUUUAAAA